AUGUCGGACUCGGAGCUGUCGCAGAGCACGGUGGUGUUCGGGCUCCACCUGUGGGAGCUCGUCGGCAUCGGCGUCGGCGCGGCGUUCGUGCUCCUCCUCGUCCUCCUCUCGCUGCUCUGCCUCGUCGCCUCACGCCGCCGCCGCCGGCGGCGAGGGGUCGCCGUGGCGACCCCCGUGCUCCACCUCGCCACCGCCGUCGCGCCGCCCAAGCACCCCGGCAAGCCGCCCAAGGACAUCCAGGAGGUGCCCUCCCGCGCCGCCGCCGCCGCCGCGGCGCCCAAGGCGCAGCCGGCGCAGGUAAUCCAGGCGCCGCCGCCGCAGCCGCCGCCGUCGGAAUCCAUCCAGAUCGAGACGGGCAAGGAGCACCGCAUCACGUUCCGGGAGCAGCAGCAUCAGCCGCCGCAGCCGCCGCCCUACCACCAGCGGAGCGGGGGCCCCUCGUCGCGCGGCGGCAGCGGGGAGAGCCGCGGCGGCGGCGGUGGCGGCGGCGGCGGCGGCGCGGAGCCCGGCGUGCCCGAGGUGUCCCACCUCGGGUGGGGCCACUGGUACACGCUCAAGGAGCUGGAGGACGCGACGGCCAUGUUCGCCGACGAGAAGGUGAUCGGCGAGGGCGGCUACGGCAUCGUGUACCACGGCGUGCUCGAGGACGGCACGCAGGUCGCCGUCAAGAACCUGCUCAACAACAGGGGGCAGGCAGAGAGGGAGUUCAAGGUUGAGGUGGAAGCGAUUGGGCGGGUGCGGCACAAGAACCUGGUUCGGCUGCUGGGAUACUGCGCCGAGGGUAACCAAAGGAUGCUUGUGUACGAGUAUGUCAAUAAUGGAAACUUAGAGCAAUGGCUCCAUGGUGAUGUUGGUCCCGUAAGCCCUCUCACAUGGGAUAUGAGAAUGAAGAUUAUACUAGGAACAGCAAAAGGCUUAAUGUAUCUGCAUGAGGGACUUGAGCCAAAGGUGGUUCAUCGUGAUGUCAAGUCGAGCAACAUCCUCCUUGACAAGACCUGGAAUGCUAAGCUUUCUGAUUUUGGGCUAGCAAAGCUUUUGGGCUCAGAGAGGAGUUAUGUAACAACCAGAGUUAUGGGGACAUUUGGGUACGUAGCUCCAGAGUAUGCUGGUACUGGCAUGUUAAAUGAAACUAGUGAUGUCUAUAGUUUUGGAAUUCUUAUCAUGGAAAUAAUAUCUGGUCGGGUACCAGUGGAUUACAACAGACCACCAGGGGAGGUUAAUCUUGUUGAAUGGCUGAAGACAAUGGUGAGCAACCGAAACUCUGAAGGGGUUUUGGAUCCAAAGAUGACUGAGAAGCCUACUUCUAGGGCACUGAAGAAGGCUUUGUUAGUAGCUCUGCGAUGUGUAGACCCAGAAGCCCGUAAGAGGCCAAAGAUUGGGCAUGUCAUUCACAUGCUUGAAGUUGAUGAUUUUCCCUACAGAGAUGAACGUCGCGGUGGCAAAGCUCCAGGUCAAGUGAAAUCGGGAGAAAUACCGCCAGUUGAAGCUGGUGAUAGCAGCGGGAACAAUACGCCAAAAGAAACACCAAAAGGUCAACCGAAAGAUGAACCUUUCAAGUGGAGAAAUCAAGCGGCGGCCUAGCUAUUAGCAAGAUGGUGAUUCUUCUGAAUUCAGUAAGACGACGAUUUUUCUGAAUUCUUACACCUGAUCAAGAAACCGAAUGCCGCAAACUUGCAAACAGCUCAUUUGCUGCUCGUUAGUUGGGUUGGGGCACGGAAACAUGGAACGCGCCGAGAUCGUGAGAGCAUCUGUACAUUAUUGGGUUAGUAUGUUAGCCAUAGCGAUUUUUUGGUUGGUUUAUUUGGUUAUAUUUAUGUACUAAGUGAUAAUUCUUGUAUGACAAAUUCAUGUUACUCUUGAGGUAAAAGUUGAUGAGCGGUGCUUAGAUAAAACCUUCCAUGUAGCAAUAUAUCCCCCAAAUGCCAGUUUGCUCAUCAGUCAUCAUACAAUGCUCAGUUUCUUA